AUGGGGGCCAACAACUUUGUGCUGUUUGAGUCGGCUUCUGGCUAUGCGCUUUUUGAAGUGGUGGAACAUGAAGAGAUCGGCAGUCUCGUGGCCGAGGUGCAGGCGGCAACGGCUGACGUGUCUUCGUUUGGACGCAUUGUCAAGCUGAAGGCGUUCCAGCCCUUUACGUCGGCCGAGAAUGCUCUCGAGAACAUUAACAAUGUCUCGGAAGGUCUGUUAGGCGAAGAUCUCAAGAACUUUCUCGAGAUUAAUUUACCCAAGGUCAAGAGCGGCAAAAAGGGCAAAUUUGCGCUAGGCGUGCAGGACAAGGGGCUCGCACAGGCCAUUUCGGAUGAGUUGCACGCGCCGUGCAACACAAGCGAGACGACGCUGGAGAUUGUUCGAGGUGUGCGUAUGCACUUUAGCACGUUUGUCAAGGAACUGGCUCAGGGAAACCUUGCAAAGGCCCAGCUUGGUCUCGGUCACUCGUACUCUCGUGCCAAGGUCAAAUUUAACGUGAACCGUGCCGACAACAUGAUCAUCCAGGCAAUCGCUCUACUUGAUCAAAUGGACAAGGAUAUCAACACGUUUGCGAUGCGCGUGCGGGAGUGGUACUCGUGGCACUUUCCUGAGCUGGUCAAGAUUGUCAAUGACAACUAUGUGUAUGCGCGCUGCGCUUCAUUCAUUAAGAACCGCAACACGUUGAGCGGGGACUCGCUCGAGAAGCUGUCGCAGAUUGUUCUUGAUGAAGACAAGGCCCAGCAGAUCCUGCAUGCUGCUCGCUCUUCAAUGGGCAUGGACAUGUCGGAGAUCGACAUGAUUAAUGUCGACAACUUUACCACUCGUCUCAUCAAGCUAGCAGAAUAUCGUCGUCAACUGCACGAGUACCUGGUUUCUAAGAUGUCGUCGGUAGCUCCGAACCUUGCAUCACUUAUCGGCGAGUCAGUUGGUGCUCGUCUGAUCUCACACGCUGGUUCGCUGACCAACUUAGCCAAGUGCCCAGCCUCAACCGUGCAGAUUUUGGGCGCUGAGAAGGCUCUGUUCCGAGCAUUGAAGACCCGUGGCAACACUCCCAAGUAUGGAUUGCUGUUCCACUCGACUUUCAUUGGCCGUGCCGCAUCCAAGAACAAGGGCCGCAUUUCACGUUACCUAGCUAACAAGUGUGCGAUCGCCUCGCGCAUUGAUUCGUUCAUUGACGAGCCUACCACAAAGUAUGGCGAAAAGAUGCGUGAGCAGGUUGAAGAGCGCCUUGCGUUCUACGAGAGUGGCGCUGCUCCGCGCAAGAAUGCCGACGUGAUGCAGGAAGUUUCGGAAGAGCUUCAGCUAGCUGCUGCAAAGGUAGACAAGAAGUCGAAGAAGGACAAGAAGUCGAAGAAGCGCUCCGCGGUCGACGGAGUUGGUGAAAUGGAGCAAGUCAUGGAGGAAGCGGUUGGUAAGAAGUCUAAAAAGGCCAAGAAAGACAAACAGCACAGUAAAGUGGAGGAGGUGGCGGCUGUUGCGGCCCCUGUUGCUGAUGCUGACAAGAAGAAGAAGAAAAAGCACAAGAAGAAAGCCAAGACUGCGGAGUAG